AUGAAAAUCAAAGUGAUUAAUAUUAGUAUCGCCGAAGUGAUUGAGGUGCGCGGCUAUGGUCUCAACGCGCCCGAAUUGCUGUCGGUGGCAGUGUCGGCGGCCGACAAGCUGCCGCUGUGUCCGAGGGGCGUUGUGUUCGACACCGAGAAUGUUUAUAUUACAAACAGCGGCGGAAUUGUGAUCGAAACCGUUUCGAGCUCAAAUGUCGAGCCUUGCUUCAUUCCGCCCGAAUGGGCGAAAGGUGAAGAAGACGCCCAAGCGGCUGCCGUCUAUUGCCUUGGUGCUGUCCUACGCGCCGCCGGAGCCGAAGAAGCUUCCGACGUUGAUCUAUUCUCGCUAGUGAAUAUCAUGACAGUCGCCAUGACCGGCACAAGACCCACCGCUCAUCGAAUGGGCCAAAUGGCGAGGAAUCAACUUCACGGUCGCGAUCCGGCCUCGAUGCUCAUGUGCAUCUACGAGGAGCUUAUGGGCGAUGAGGAGUCGAAUCGGAUUGAUGUUGGUGAUUUGGAUGAUCUUGACGACGAGUUUCUGUCGAAUGAUGGAAUGCGCGAUGAUGAUGAUGAUGAUGAUUAUCGAGGACAAGUGGUGAUCACCGGAAACAACAAUAUCAAGCGUGCUGUCGAAUAUUUCGAGGAUGAUCAAAGAGAUGAAGCGUUCACGUCGACAUCGUCAUCGAAUAAUAGCUCCGAGAAGGAUUCGUUCUAUGGAGAAGCACAAGCCCCAUUGGAAAUGCACAAACCUCGCGCUAAUGACAUCAUUGAGCACAAAGAAGUCCGCGAGGAAUCGCCGGUGAUGUUUGAGGAUACCACACUUGGCGGCAUCGGAUCGCCGCUAUCGCAGAGUACACGACUCGAUGAGACCUAUAUUGAAGAGAAGAGUAUCGAUAUGGGAUCGUUUAAUAAAAGUCCCUCGCUCAAAUCGCCAUUUGAGGAUGAUUUUGUGAAGACUGAGAAGCCGAUAUUCCCGAAGACUGUCGUUCAGCCGCCGACGCCUACCGAGCCGGCGACGACGGCGAAAUCGGCGGCAUAUAAUCCUUUUGAAGACGAUGAGAAUGAGUUUCAUGGGGGCACAUUGUCGGGAAGGGAUCCGUUUGACGAUGAGUCGAAUGAUUCUCGUGGAUCGCGCGAUGCUCUGGAGAAGAAGCACGAAUUGCACAAGAAAGAACCGGUGACGCAUAGACUUUCUUCGUCGUCUGAGGAGAUAAUUGAAGCCACGAUUCACGAGGAUGAUUUUGACGAUGAGCUGAAGUACACGAGCCCAUUGAAGCCGAAACCGAUACCGGAGAUAUCUGAAAAGGAAUAUGAUGCUGAAAGUGACAAUUCACCGCCUCUUCAUCAUUAUUCGGCGGUUCCAAUCGACAAUGGCGGAAUCACACCGCUGGAAGAAGCUCAACGAGCGCUGAGAGCGAACAAGGCGAGGCAUAAGCCGUCGAUUUUGUCGAAUCAGAAUGAUGCGCCGCCGCCGCGACAACGCUAUUCGAAUGUUUCCGAUUAUAGCGAAAGUAGUAAACGAAUGCGGCGCGAUGAGGAGGAAUCGAUUGACGAGGUGGAUGCGACGCCGAAAAUUGCGGAGAUUGUCGCGUCGACUCGAACCGAACCCACGAUGGAUGAGCCGAAAUCGGCGCGACCGCAUCGGUAUCGCAAAUCGAUGGAAGUCGAGGAGGAGGCGGAGCAGGAGCAGAACGACAAGGAGGACAUUGAUUCGUAUUUUGAGAAGUAUAAAAAGAAAUCAACACCAAUUCUAUCUGCGGACACCCCACAGGAUGACGAUGAUUUUGAAAUGAGGAAGCAGAUUCCUGCUGCUGUUGUACCCGCCCCGCCCGCUUCUGACUUCUCGCCGGCGCUUCAUCGACGGAACUCGUUGCUGCCAUCGAGAAUCAGCGGAAGGCAAUCGAAGAGGCGAAGUGUUACGAGCGUUUCGAGCAUGAGAGGCAAGAGAAAGACUCGCGCGAUUCCUGAAUUUUACGAUCUCACGCGACAUCAGAAUAUCCGUCUGAGAGCACCGAUCUCGAAAAAGAAGCGCCUCUCACUGCAUCGAGUUGAAGAGACGGAGGUCAUCGUUGAGUUGCUCAAUGGUCAAAAAAUUGAAGUCGCUUGCCGAUCGGACGUCGUUUCGCACGACAUCUUCUCGUUGAUCGUUCAGAAUAUGAACAUCAACGAGCACGUCUUCUUCGGACUUUCAUUCCUACGCGACGGCGAGCAUUUCUUCAUCGAGGAUCAGCAGAGGCUUGAGAAGUUUGCGCCGCCCGGCUGGAAGAGCGUCUCGAAGGUCGGCACACGUGUUCCCUAUGUGUUGCACCUUCGCUUCAAAUUCUACCCGCAGAUUUUGGAUUUUAUCAAAACCGACGUCACUAUGAACGAGCUUUUCCUUCAAUGCCGUCGAGACAUUCUGGAGAAGAGGAUUCAGCCGAAACGCGACGCCGCGUUCGAGUUGGCCGCGCUUGCUCUCCAAGCCGAAUUUGGCAAUCGGCCACCGCCGGUGAUUAGCGAUUAUUUCGAUACGCAGCAUUAUCUGCCCAAGCAAUUCUGCUCGUUCGAAGAUCCGAUUCGACUGAAGGGAAUCCUCGCCGAACUUCACGGUCAUUAUUCGGGAACGCGAAUGGCGGAAGCGAAAAGCAAAUACAUUCAAAUUUGUCAACGACACGCCGAUUUCGGCUGCCAUUUGCAUCGUGUGUUUCGAACGAAGCCGUCGACGUCGCAUGGGGCUUCGCCGUUCGAUCCCGACACGGGCUCAUCGAUUUACAUCGGAAUCAUGCCGCGAGGCAUCUCGAUCUAUGAGCAACAGGGUGGCAAUCGUGAGCUUCUCGCCGAACACCUAUGGCCGCAAACGCAAACGCUUCAAUUUGAUAAGAAACGAUUUGUGAUUGUUGCGGUCGACACCAGCGAGCAGCAAAUUGAGAGCACAUUCUACACCGACCAUCACACCAAGUCGGCCUAUUUUGUGCGAUUCGCCGCUGCUCAACAUCGAUGGAUGAUGAAGAUGAGGCAGUGGAAGAGCACAUUAAGGCAUGAGAACACGAUGCAGGCGAUGCCGGAUGUUAUUGUUGAGGGAAGGACGAUUCCGCCGGCGCCGAUUAAGCACGACCUUGAAGCGACGCCGCCGUCGAGUCCGCUUCUCGACGCCGCCGACAAGAUAUUCGCCAAGAUGCCGGAUGUCGUCGAAGCAACGCCGCCGCCGCCGCAACGGCCGACCGAAAAGCCGCCAUCGAUUCCGAAAUACGAUACGGUGGACGAGGGAAUUGUGUGUGAUUCGCAAGCGGAGAAUUUCGAGCGUUUGACACCGAACGCCGACGAUGAGGAGACGCCGAGAAGUAUGCAGUUCGACGUGACGCUCACCAAAGAUCCGGCGAACGGUUUGGGAUUGACGUUGGUCGAUGGCAACCUUAACGGUGUGCCGGGCGUUUAUGUGAAACUCGUUGCGGACAACGUAUGA